UAUGGAAGAUCAAUUAGAACUAACUUCUUAAUGGGGUUUCUAUGAGAUGUGCACCAAAAAGAACAACAAGUUGCCAUGUCUUAUACCAUAGACCAUCAUCUUCGAUAAGCUUAUGCCUAAGGUUUGGCUCUUCAAUCCCAAAAACACUCAAGUGGUCAUGAAAAAGAAUUCUGACAAACUCUCUAACCUCGAAAUUGCCAAGGCAUUACUUGGUAUCAAAUUCCCUAAGGACAUUAAGAUAGACACCCUGACUCAAUUGGUUGAGCAAGCAAGACAAUGUGCUCAAUUCAAAGAAGUACUAUUUUCUUUUAUAAUAUCGAAGGAAACUCCAAUAGCAUUUUUGCAAAUGAAAAGGAAUGAGGGUGUACCUAUGAAUCGUUAAGAGUUAUUGCAAUUCUUUGUUGAAGGCAAAGAUCUCUCAUCUUUGGCAUACAUGCAAUAGUACAUUGAAAAUCAAAGUAGCUAGAUUAAUAGUUUGCAGAUGAAGUCUACUACGUUGAGUACCAUUAUGAUGUUGAUUUCAUUCCAAUCACUUUCAAGUUUUUCAAGAAAACUCUCACAAUCAAAAGAGUGAACAAAAGUACAACUGCUAAAUCCAGCAAUCCUUUCCAAACACUCUUGAUGCCAGUCCAAAGUAGUGGUUAAAUUCCAGUCAGACAAUAGGAGGUUCAGAAAGUGCAGACCAUGUUCAAAUAUUGUAAUUCUACUCUAAACCAACGCUUCCAAGAAGUAUCAAUAUAAUUUACUAAUCCCGAAAGGAGACAAAAAAGAUAGCAUUCUAUCUCGAAAAGGUAUUCAAAGUCAAAAUACGCAAAUUCACUCCCAAGUUCAUUGUUGAUCAAAGAGAACAGAUCUAUUUCGCUGGCAUCAAAUAGAUCUCUAUUUAAAUCCAAAGCGGAGGUACCUUUUAGUCUCAUAUGAAGCACCGUAUCAAAGGGGUUUAAGAGAUGAAAUAGCUAGCAAUGGUUAAUUUGAUAAUUUCAUGAUGGCGUGCAAAUAGUUCAGAUUGGAUAAGAAUGCAAACAAUGAAUUCAAAAAGUAUCCGAAUCAAAUUGUGGAGGAGGACAAGAAAUUGAGCAAAACUCUCUACAAACACUUAAUACUUGAGAGGUGUCAAGGGGAUUUUUGCAAUUAUAAAUUAAUAGAAAAAAACAAGUAUAGCAUAUAAUUUAUUUAAAGAGGACCUUUGCAAUUAAGGAAAGGUCUAUUGGAAACCUAUAAGAAUGUGUUUAAGGAAUCCAAAUAGACAGUCAGUAAUAUGAGCACCAACUUACCUUAUGAAAUCUCAUUGUAAUUAAUAGUGCGUACUCGAGAUGAUCAUAAAGAAGUCAUAGAACUUUUUAAAAAAUACAAAAUUCAUUUAGAAAAUUACAAUCCAGAAGAACAUCCUGAAAUUAAAGACGAAUAACAGCAUCCAUUUAGCAAAGAGAAUUCAGACGUUCAAGCCUUAAUCAAUCUAUACAAAUCUGUCAAAAUCUGUAAGAAUUGCUUCAUAAUCUAUUCGAUGAUUCAAAGACACUUUGAAUCUUAACUCAAAAAGGACAUUAAAAACGGAGUUUAAUUUAUCAAUGAAAAAAAGACUCCCUCCUUAUAAGUAGAUGAAGAAGCAGAAAGACGUAGAAAGAGAGAAGAAAACAUUCUCAAAAGGCAGGAGAAACUAUAAAUGAAAUCAACUACAUCAACUAAAUCUUUUCGAAUAUUCAGAGCUCCAACACAAAAGAGAAAUUUUCUAAUUACUUCUAUACCUGAGAGCAGAACCUCUAAAACGGCAUCGCCUUAAAAGUUUAGAGAUGUGUGCAAGUAAAUAGAAAUUAAUAGAUUGACAUUGGGUUAUUUGAAUUAUUAAAAAUUGGAGCAAUUUUAAAAGCCUAGUCAGAUGGAACAAUCUCAAGAUUUUAGAAAUGAGUCUUAUAAUUUAAUUUACUUACUUGCAGAACAGAAAGCCCCAAAUGUUAGAAGAAUAGACACAAGCCAGUAGGAGAAUAAGGAGUUACAAGGGAGAGCAGAGGAGAUAAAGAGGAUGUUAAUCAGGACUUCUAAAAAGGAGUAGGAAUGCAGAGCCAUACAGAAGGAAUACUAUAAUGAAAAGAUAUAGGAAGGUGUUUAAUAAAUCUUACUUUCAACUUCAUCUCAUUAUUAUUAUCAUGUUAAUUUUGAUAUAGUAAGGAAAUUGUAUCAAUUCUAAUUAAGUACUCCGAUGUAAGCAUUAUCAUAUGAAUUGAAAUAUGAUCAAUUAAGAGCAUUAUAAAUUGAAGAAGUCUGUGAGAUGAUGAAAUACCCACCUCCUUGUUUUGAAAUUACACAAUUGGAGUAUUUGGUAGUUGAUUCUCAGACUGCUGUUCCGUAUGCUUUAUUUGAGAGUAACAUAACCAAGAAGAAGGAGAAGAGUUCUCAAUCGGGAAUAGAUUUGAUAAUCAUACUCCACGACAUGUUCGAAUCCUUUUUUGAGUAUUAUUAUCAAUUAUAUCUUAGAUAUUAUCCAAUCAUAGUGGAUUUGAUCAAUGAAGCCUAAAAUAAGAAGGUACUUCUCUUAAACACUCCUGGAUAAGCCUACACCUUAUUCAAUAAGAAGCAAGCAUACACAAAUAUCUACAUAGCAGGCAUCUUAGAUUAAAUACUAUAUGAACUAUCUACCAAGGGCAAAAUUGACUUACAAACUGAUACAUUAAAGAUCUUGGGAGUGGGAUCUGGAGGAUUUCAUGCCUAAGCAUUCAGUAAGACAUUGUUCAAAUCAAAUUAGUUGUACAAUCUCAAAAUACAAUUCAAUUCAGCCAGAUUGCUUUUGUUAAUUCAUACACAUCCAUUUACCCUUAAUUACGAAGCUUCUUUGCUCAAUCAAUCAAAAUAUUCGAAUCUCAACCAGCCGAUAUGCCAGAACUUGCCUUUGAAUACACUAAUACGAUUAUGAAUACUCGACCAAUUUCUGAGGAUCUGCUUUCCUGUGUUUUGCACCAGAAUCCAAUCAAUCAAUUGGGCAGGUAAAUCAUUUUGGAGGGUAUAGUUUACAAUCUAAUUUUAGGUUUGUUGUAAAGUCCUUCGUUUAUGGAGAGAUUCCAAAAACUGAUUCUUAGUGUGUAGGUAUACCAUUCCUUAAAGAAUUGUUUGGUCAACAUAUCUGAGGCUGAUUUAUUGUAAACAUUCCUGUAGGAUGAGACUCUGGAUGUAAAUAAUGUGGCCUUGUCAAAGAAGAUACAAAUGAAUAAACGUACAGUCUAAUACAUUGAGGGUGGACACUCUAUCUUAUAUGAAAAUAAGGAUUAAUUGGUGUAAAUUAUAAACAGAUUGGCUUGACUAAUAUAAAUAAUUUAUUCAAAUGUAUAAAUUUCUUAUACUAUUGUAAGUAUUCGUGUGGUUAAGCGAGGCCAAAAGAAUUCAAAAGAGUUUUCGUAUCAGACAGCUUUCUGAUUGGGAAUACUUGACCAAAUUCGGAGCUGAUGUUGGAGAUGUCACUUAUCAUCUCUAAUUCAGAAUUGUUGGAUUGGAAUCAGAGGAAAUGAGAGAACGCAAAUUUCCAAUUCUUUUUGAAUUGUAUUUGGAUGAACAAUGGCCUGAAGUAUUGGAAAGACAAGAUUGUGAAGUAAGUAAAAUUAAUUCUAAAUAAUUUAGAGAGCAUCCUUAGCUAAGAGAAAAGAGACCAUUUAAGUACCGGGAAAUGGAGAGUACUCAUAAAUAUACACAGGAACUAUCAAGGCAAAAUUAAGAGCUCAUAUGUGGUAUUAUGCCAUAUCUGAUUGCCAUCGAAGAUUAAGGGAUGAAUUCAAGGAAGAUCAGUAUAAAAAGGUUAAAUUUGAGGUGGAUGUUCACAUAAAGAAUGUUGGUAGGACUGAAUUCUCAGUUGAACAAUUCGGAAUUUAAUAUUUCAUGUUUGCUGUAGUUUUGGUUGACAUUAUAAUGCUUGUUUAUAAUGGUUAUUACAUUGUAACAAGGCAUGAAAAAUAUGAGGAAUUCAGUUUAGCUUUGUUUCUUUUGGUCAUUACUCUUUUCCUUGAAGCCAUUUCUUAUAGUGAGAAUUUGUUGCACUUAUGGGUAUACAGUUAUAAUGGACAAGGAGUAUUUUUGCUUCAUGUGGUUUCAGUUAUUGUAUAGGUAAUUCUUAAUAAUAAAUGCAGGUUGCAUCUCAAUUCUCUUUAACAAUGAUAUUAGUGAUGUUAUCCUGGGGUUGGCAAAUAAACUUCACUAAAUUCGACAGUUUCGAAAUAUUUCUGCCUUUAUCACUAUUAAUAGCAUUCUUUUAAUUGACUAUCGUAGGAGUUGGUUUUAUUGAUUACGAUGCUUAUUAUAAGGAUCACUCUUAUGAAGGAUGGGUUGGCUGGUUAGCAUCUUUUAUAUAUAUUGGAGAAUUCAUCUACUUUAUUAAUGGAUUGUCUAAUACAUAUAAAAAGAGUACUGGAGCUGUCCAAUAAUUUAUAAUGAUGCUUGGAAUGUAUGGAGGAUGUUAUUUCGUCAGUUUCCCAGUUCUCCAGACAGUCAAUUUAGUAUUACUAUUAGAAUAACCAUGUAGUUUGUAGCCAGGUAUCUUAGACAUAAAGUAAUGGAAAUAGGAACAAUAUCUUUGAGAACUGCUGCUAUUCUACUUCUGACUCAUUUAUUUACAUCUAAAAAUUCCCUAUUUGCUAAAAUAUCAUAUGAUAGCAGAAGUUUCUUGGAUAGAAAUAAAGACGAUUGA